CAACUCCCAGAGCACCCCGCGCCGCCGCGCGUCCGCGGGGCGGGGCGAGUGCGAAAGAUGUCCGCUCCCGUUGUGGGGCUGCCGGGUGAGAGAGUCUUUGUUCGUAACCAGGAUCCCACAGCUGAGGCAGUUCCUGCACGUGUCGCGGGGCCCGAGAAGCUAGGGCCAGGUAGUUCAGGGAUGCAAGAAUCCUGCAGAUCCGAUGUGUAAAUUGCUUCCGCAGCCGCUAGGCGUGCCCAGCCUUUGCCUCAGAUAGGCCCUUUCCUUUUCUUUCUCCGGGAAUCGAUCUCGGGAAGGGGUGUGGGCAAGGAGAUGAGGACUUUCCCUCUUCGCUUAGGCCACCUCGGGAUAUCCCGGAGGCUCCGGAGAGGCGGUCACUCCGACGUCUGAGGAGCUGGGCCCUGGGCCCGGACUAAUUAUGAAGAGCGACUCCUCGACCUCUGCAGCCCCACUCCGGGGGCUCGGGGGUCCCCUGCGCAGCAGCGAGCCGGUGCGCGCUGCCCCGGCCCGGUCGCCGGCGGUGGACCUGCUGGAGGAGGCGGCCGACCUCUUGGUAGUGCACCUGGACUUUCGGGCGGCGCUGGAGACCUGCGAACGGGCCUGGCAGAGUCUGGCCAACCACGCCCUGGCAGAGGAACCCGCGGGCACCUCCUUGGAGGUGAAGUGCUCCCUGUGUGUUGUGGGGAUCCAGGCCCUGGCAGAAAUGGAUCGGUGGCAAGAAGUCCUCUCCUGGGUUCUUCAGUAUUACCAGGUUCCUGAAAAGCUACCACCCAAAGUCCUAGAACUGUGCAUUCUUUUAUACAGCAAAAUGCAAGAGCCUGGAGCUGUGCUGGAUGUGGUGGGUGCCUGGCUCCAAGACCCAGCCAACCAAGACCUUCCAGAAUAUGGAGCCUUGGCAGAAUUCCACGUGCAGCGGGUGCUGCUGCCUCUGGGCCGCUUGUCGGAGGCAGAGGAGCUGGUGGUGGGCUCUGCAGCCUUUGGGGAAGCGCAGCGACUGGACAUACUUCAGACCAUUGACGCAGCGAGGCAGCAGCAGGAGCAGGAACACCCAGGCUCUGAGGAGGCCCCGAAGCCAAACCCGGAAGGCUCUGUGUCCCAAAAGGUCUUGUCACUACCGAUGUUGGUUCGUCAGCUUUGGGACUCCGCGGUGAGCCACUUCUUUUCUCUGCCCUUCAAAAAGAGCCUUCUGGCUGCCUUGAUCCUCUGUCUCCUGGCGCUGAGGCUUGAUCCAGCUUCCCCUUCCUCCCUGCCCUUCCUCUACAAGCUGGCCCAGCUCUUCCGCUGGAUCCGGAAGGCUGCAUCUUCUUGCCUCUACCAGCUCCGCAUCCGUGACUGAGGGUCCCCUUUGCACCACAGCCUCCCUGCUCCUCAAGUCUGCGGCAACAGAAGCGGAGUGACAGAGCGAUGCGUCCACAGGCGCCCCUGGGGAAGUGGGGCCAGCCUCAUCUUGUGGGGUGCACUGUGUCUGGCUGCUUGGGUACCCUCUCCUUUGCACCCCACUUCGGCUGGCCAUGGUAGAUGACAUGGAAACAAAUAGGGACCAGCAGGCACAGCUCCUCCGGAACAGUUCUCCAGACACCCAGAGGCCCCUUGAAAAGGAGGGGUUUGGGGACACGGACUGCGUCUAUGAAACAUUCCAUCUUGGCGAAGGCAAGGGGUUGGUUCUUCAGGUCAGGACGUUAAUGGAGAUGGAAGUUCAGAAAGAGCCUGGUGGAGUGACACUUGGCCUUUCACUUCUUGACAGACACACCUCUUUACUGUGAGUGGUGGCUCACGCCUGUAAUCCCAGCACUUUGGGAGGCAAGGCAGGUGGAUCACUUGGGGCCAGGAGUUCAAAACCAGCCUGGCUAACAUGGUGAAACCCCAUCUCUACUAAAAAUACACAAAUUAGCCAGGCGUGCUGCACGCCUGUAGUCCUAGCUACUCGGGAUGCUGAGGCACGACAAUUGCUUGAGCCAGGGAGGCAAAGGUUGCAGUGAGCUGAGAUUGUGCCACUGGACUCUCUCAAAAUGAAAAACCAUGCCCCUGAGAGUCACCCCACAGGACAGUACCUUAAUUAGCUAGUGCGAUCUGAGAGGGCCUCUUCCUGCCUGCACUGCGCUCCCCAGAACUGGUCUAGUUCUGUAUCAGUAUGCUGUUCUCAUGGUCUUGCUAUGUGCUUGAAGCUGCGUAAGGCUUCUCACUGUUCAGGCUGGGGCGUGACUGUCAGAACCACUCGGUUGACUACGGAAAACCAAGUGAGGCUUACAGCUCUUAUUGCUGGGGAAAGUGAUCUUGCCUGGUGUAUCUUGGUCUUCAGCUCAAUUUUCCAGGUUGUCCUGGCCAAGCCUUGCUCUGUUACGCUCUGUGCCUCUGCCAUCUUUCCCCGCCAGCCCCUCCCUCCCCCACUGGAAACUUGUCCAUUGGCUACUUCACCAGAUCCUGCCCGUAUCCUCGCCUCCUGGGUACACACCGAUGCAGGUCCCCCCCCUUUCUUGUGCCUUUGUCCUAGUUAUGUUCUGUUUGCAUAAUGCCCAAAUUUUUCUGCUCGUGUGGCCUUGAAAAGUAGGCCAGCCUCAGAGGCUGCUGAGCUGAAAAUGGAACUGAGUAAUCGGGUGAGCUGGAAGGGAUGUGGGGGGGGGCGGGGCAGAGGGGAGACAUGGGCUUUGAAGGCAGCGAACAGUAAAACCUUAGGGAGGCGGCACGGCACUGAGGCCUUUGCAUUUGAGGAGUGAAAUGUUUAGCGUAGUUUUCUCACCAGCCACAAGCAUCUUACGUGUUUGUAUGCAAGGAAUCGUAGUGUACUGAAUGCCGUCAGGAUGAAGAAGGGCUUCCCGCAGGGGCUGGCCUUUCUGCAGCCAGAGGCCAAGCAGGCUGCCCUGCACCGGGUCCUUGGUUGGUUGUGAUGCCAAAAAUAUAGAAGGUGCUUGCUAGCUUUUCAUUGGUACAUUUUCCAAGGUCGCAAGUCAACAGCUUCUCUUUAGAAAAAUGGGUGAAGUAAGCAAACUUCACAGGCCCCUUAGAAUUAAAUCCCUAGGGCAUGGUUCAAGCCUGUAGGAAGCAAAUCUCUGCUUUUUUAUGUGGGCUUUUCAGUAGAGCUUAGAACCCUGGGGGGAGAAAGGCAGUCAGGUGAGGUUUGAGAUUCCUUCUAUAGAAUGAUUUCUUAAAAUGAAAAUCUGGGCCCACUUACUAGCCUAGAUAAAAUGCUUCAGUGGCUUCCCAUGGCUCACAGGAUGGCAUCCAGAUUCUUUGUGAAAUUGAAGGCCCCUAUGUGAUGGGUUUGGCUAAUGCCUCCCCCUUGAUGUGGGGCCCCUGUUUAUUAUAUGCGUGGUCUUCCGGCUGCCCGACCGUCACAGCUUUCUGACCACGGCGUGCUCCCCUGGGGCCUCUGUGCCUCGGUUCAUGCUGUUUCUGCUGAAGGCCUAGCACCUGCUCUUGGCCUGGUGAGCCACUCCACCUUCCAGGCUAACUCAAAUAAUCCUUUCCACCCGUCCCUGUGUCCAGGGCUCUGUUUCAUAUCCCUUUUGCAGUAGUGACCCCUUGGCCUUGUAAUUGUGAACGUCUUUGGUGCCUCUUCAAAGUUGGGGAGUGCUCGUUGCAGUGUGCAAGUCAGUGUCAGAUCUAUUCUGUGCCACGUGUGCCUGUUGGGAAGUAAUUUAACCUUCUCAGCCCUGGUGUCCUCAUCUGUAAGUCUUAUAGGGUUUUUUAGGUGAGCAAAUGAGAUCAUGUGUGUGAUGCACCCUGAGUAGGAGCUCUUGUGAGUGGUCACUGUCCCAGGAGCAGCAGUGUCCCCCUAGUGCCCAUUGGGUGUCUGGGAGGGGGAAGGUGCUCAGGUGUCUAAAGGAGCGGAUUGAUGUAACUGACACACCAAGAGGUCUGUGUACUUUCGUGAGUCUGUGAGAUUUUGUGUUGUGAAAGCCCGGAAGGUAAAGACGCCCUGAUGAUGCCCACCUUGUUUCCACUCGGCCUGAGGUUCCCUGUGUUCUUGUAAGGUUGCAGCUUCUCUGUGUGUGUCCAUCUUGCACUCUGCAAUGCUGUCUGGUAACCAGCCCUAGCUGCCUGCCUCAUCAGGCAAGGAACUCAGAACCCAAACUGCUCCUGUGACCUUGACCUUUUCCAAGGAUGUAGGCUGGUGCUCGUGUCCGAUGUCAGCUCUGGGCUUCACGGGGUCCAAGGUGAAGGGAUGGCUUUCCUGUUGACUCAUACCCGCACUGUCCAAGGCAGCAAUCAUUCAUCAGGUGGGGCUUUUGAGCCCCCGACAGGUGGCUAGCCCAGGUUAAGACGUUCUGCAAAAUGUAAAUGGUGGAUUUCAAAGACUUAGUACUAAAAAGAAGAAUGGAUUUUUUAAUAUUGAUUGCCUGGUAAAAUGAUAAUAUUUUAGAUAUGCUGUGUUAAGUGAAAUAUUAAAAUUAAUUUCAUCUG